AUAGCGGCUUCGUUGUGGUUUUUGCUUGAAGUUGAUCUCAACGCAGUACUCUGUACCACGUGGUGUCCAUCGCUGCGAGGGACAGCCAAGAAAGAUGAACUUGGCAAUUUUAUUGGAAUUCUUGCUGUUGGCGGCAUGAAAGGGCCUAUUUCACUUUAUGGGAUACAAUGCGAUAUGCCCGUUCCUUUAACUGAUAACAAUGAGCCACGCGUAUAUCGCACCCAGCCGCACAUUGUGCUUCCGUCUCCCGAUUGCUGUCACAUACUGCUCUGGGAUUUGGAUGAUGACACGAUAUGUGCAAGAACAAUUUUCAGCGCGGAUUGGCUUUCUCCACCACUGAGCGUUGCUUAUUGCGGGGAAGAACGAUUGGCUGUGUCGUUUCGAGAAAAAAUGAUUAGGAUAUACGAUAUUAAAACUCUUCGAUGUAUUAUUGAGGAAGGUGCCCAGAGGACAGCCGGAAUGCAGGUCUACUCGCGACAGAGGUUAUUCAAUGGUAUAUUCAGUUAUCAGCAAGAUUAUACCCUCAAUGGGAUACAUUUAACGUGUGGCGUAUGCUACGUCACUUCAGGCUCAACAAAAGAGAACGUUUUCGUGCUUCCACUUGCAAAUAAGCAUGAAGUGCAGGUUUGGGAUAUGUGUGUUUGUCCACGGACCGGUGCCGUAGUGUCGGUAGGAGGCGAUGGGCGACUUAUAAUCUCGCAAAAUGGACGGCUGGCUCCGCAUGAAUCCGACAAUGAUUUGUCAUUCAAUGCAUGUCGUGUUGUUAUGACUCUUCUGAGGAAGUCGGAUGAGAAGCUACCGCAAGCUAAACAGCCAGGAAGUUCAUUUACUUAUCGGUUGGUGGCCAAAAAAUUGCACAUAUAUGGGCCGCUUGUUGCCAUAAACCUCAAGGCAUCGUCAACAUUCUUAAAAUAA